AUGUCGGCGUCGUCGGACCCGUCGCCGUCCUCCUCGGCGGCGGCGUCUCCCUUGGGCCUCCUGCGCGCGCACCACCCGCACCCGCACCACCUGCACCUCUCCACCCCGCCGCCACCCGUCGCCCUCGCGCACGCCUACCCGCCCGCCGCGCCGCCCCCGUCCCCCGCCUCCGCGCCCAGGGACUACCGCAAGGGCAACUGGACGCUCCACGAGACGCUCGUCCUCAUCACCGCUAAGCGCCUCGACGACGACCGCCGCGCGGGCGGCGCCAUGUCCGGCGCGUCGGCGUCCUCCUCGCCCCUCACGCCGCGCUCCGCCGAGCAGCGCUGGAAGUGGGUGGAGAACUACUGCUGGAUCAACGGCUGCCUCCGCAGCCAGAACCAGUGCAACGACAAGUGGGACAACCUCCUCCGCGACUACAAGAAAGUCCGCGACCACGAGACACGCCGCGCCACCUCCACCGCCCCUGCACAUCCAGCCGCCCUCCCCGACGCACCCGGCGCCGGCGUCGCACCUCCGCCGCCAACGCCGCAGCUCCCGUCCUACUGGACCAUGGAGCGGCACGACCGCAAGGAGCGCAACCUCCCCACCAACCUCGCCCCCGAGGUCUACGACGCGCUCGUCGACGUCCUCUCCCGCCGCGCCGCCCGACGUGGCGGUAACGCGAUCGCGCCCACGGCCACCACUCCACCCAUGCUCGCCCUGCCACCGCCUCCUCUUCCUACACCACCACCGCCGCCGCCGCCACCGCCACCUUCAUCGCCCCCGAAGCCUCAGCCCCAGCCUCUCCUCGCGCAGCAGCAGCAGCCUCAUCGUCCGCAGCAUCACGCACCGCCGCUCCUUCAGCUCCCACCGCCCGUGUCUCUGCCGUCGGCGACGUCCGUUUCCGCUGAGGAUGACAUGUCGGACUCGUCGAUGUCCGGCUCGGACGGCGGCGGGUCGGAGGGCAGCCGGGACGAGCCGGAGGCGAAGCGGAGGCGGCGCGUGGAGCGGCUGGGGUCGAGCGUGGUGCGGAGCGCGACGGUGCUGGCGCGGACGCUGGUUGCGUGCGAGGACAAGCGGGAGCGGCGGCACCGGGAGGUGCUGGAGCUGGAGGAGCGGCGGCUGCGCCUCGAGGCGGAGCGCAACGAGGUGCGGCGCCAGGGCUUCGCAGGCCUCGUCGCCGCUGUCAACGGCCUCUCCGGCGCCAUCCACGCGCUCGUCGCCUCCGACCACCACCACGGCCGGAGCGGCGACUCCUCCAGGCGGUCGUGA